GUUUUUUGUUGUUGUUCCCAUAAUUUCUUCGUGACUACGAACAGGCAGCGCUGACAUUCGUGAGAAUUUGUUUGCGCUAGACGGACACGGUACGCGGAGUUGCGCUAUUCACACAAUCGCUUAAAUAUUAUUAAUUCUUUAUUAAUUAAAACAAAACCUAAAGAUGCCCCAAUUGCAAAAACCAGCUCCCCAAUUCAAGGGUACCGCCGUCGUUAAGGGUGCCUUCAAGGACAUCUCUUUGGCCGACUACAAGGGCAAAUACGUUGUCUUGUUCUUCUACCCCUUGGAUUUCACUUUCGUCUGCCCCACCGAAAUUAUUGCCUUCUCCGAUCGUGCUGCCGAAUUCCGCAACAUUGGCUGUGAAGUAAUCGCCUGCUCCACCGACAGCCAGUACACUCAUUUGGCCUGGAUCAAUACACCACGCAAACAGGGUGGUUUGGGUGAAAUGGAUAUUCCAUUGUUGGCCGAUAAGUCAAUGAAGAUCGCUCGCGAUUAUGGUGUAUUGGAUGAAGAAACCGGCAUUCCAUUCCGUGGUCUUUUCAUCAUCGACAAAAAUCAAAAUUUGCGCCAAAUGACUGUCAACGAUUUGCCCGUUGGUCGCAGUGUUGACGAGACAUUGCGUCUGGUGCAGGCAUUUCAAUUUACCGAUGAACACGGUGAAGUCUGCCCAGCUAACUGGAAGCCCGGACAAAAAACAAUGGUCGCCGAUCCCAAGAAGUCUCAGGAAUAUUUUGCUGCCGCUUCGUAAAUGUUGUUGCAAUAAUCGUAUAUACGAUGAAGAGCAUCAGCAUAUUCAUUAAAAAAAUAUCCAAAACAAAAAUACCAUGAAAUAAGGCAGGCGAAAGAGCUACCCGAUAGGCUUUCGUAUACUACUAUCAACCAGCAACAAUAAAUCUGUAGAUUCCUUAUAUUUAUACGUUUAACUCUGGUAGUUAAAAUAUCACACAUUUCUGAAAAAUAUCAUUCUUUUUCUAUACAACUUUCGUAUCACAACAAUUUCACCUAUUUUUUCACCCAUGUCAAACAAAAUGUAAUUUGUAUGCAAAAAAGAGGCAACUAAACAGGGUGAACCCUCAACACAAAGGGUUUGCUUUGUUUGGGUUUAAUAAAUUUAUGUUAAAAAACCACAAAAUUAUGUUUUUUUUUUUUAAUUUCUUCUCAUAUUAGACGAUUAUUAUUAUUAUUUUUUUCCAAUCCUUUUGUGUUGUUUCUACGUUUAUUAGUUUCCUAUCCAAGUAGUGGUCUUAGACGUCACACAAUACUUAUUUUCUUUCCUCCCAAUAUAAGUACAUCUUAUCAGUGCUUUAGAACUAGGAAAUGUGUAUUUGUGUUUCCAUGUUUACAAGCGACGAGAACAAAAACAAUAACUACAAUAAAAAUUGUUCUAUAAAAUCAUUAA